CUGGGAAGUCACGUGUGUCCGGAUUACCCUCAGCUGUUAGCAGUUGCGAGGGUAAUCAUGUCCGCAUAUAUACAGCGCGCUUCCCAGCACACAACGCGGAAGAUUAAAAUCUUCCGCUGAAACAUGGAUGCAGCAGGAGAACGGAGGAGACGUGGAACCCGGAAGUCGACGCCAACCGUCCCUGCUAAGGACUCUGUCCACUUCCCACAAUGGACAUUUAUGGAGCUUCCGGACCCAUUUGACGGAUUUUUCGGUGCCCCAGAGUAUUUCCUGGUAGACUGUCAAUACUACUUCGCCAGCCUGUUAGACCCUAAGCCAGAGGAGAAGCAAUGGCUCCGAUUUAUGUGGUCCCGGUUCUUUGGACCGGCCCGUCAAUGGGUGCAGCUCAAACUGGAGAAGCACUGUAGGAACCUGGACGGUGUAGAACAGUUUGUGGGGGGAUUUCAUGUUGCUAUUCGGGAGUCCGGAGGCGAAGGAGGAGCUAGAACAACUUCUCAGGGGGGUAAGUCUGGAAGGCGAACCUGCCCUGCUGUUUACCCACUACUACAGGCAACGUCAUACAGAGCUCAACCCUGAGAUCCAAGCCAAGCCUCCAGUCAGGAAAGUCCAAGUCCCAGUCAAGUCUCAUGUCCCUGAUGUCCAAGUCCCAGUCAAGUCUCACGUCCCUGAGCUCCAGGUCAAGUCUCACGUCCCUGAGCUCCAGGUCAAGUCUCACGUCCCUGAGCUCCAGGUCAAGUCUCACGUCCCUGAGCUCCAGGUCAAGUCUCACGUCCCUGAGCUCCAGGUCAAGUCUCACGUCCCUGAGCUCCAGGUCAAGUCUCACGUCCCUGAGCUCCAGGUCAAGUCUCACGUCCCUGAGCUCCAGGUCAAGUCUCACGUCCCUGAGCUCCAGGUCAAGUCUCACGUCCCUGAGCUCCAGGUCAAGUCUCACGUCCCUGAGCUCCAGGUCAAGUCUCACGUCCCUGAGCUCCAGGUCAAGUCUCACGUCCCUGAGCUCCAGGUCAAGUCUCACGUCCCUGAGCUCCAGGUCAAGUCUCACGUCCCUGAGCUCCAGGUCCAGCCUCCAGUCCCUGAGCUCCCGUUCAAGCCUGCUGACACACCCAGCCAAGCUCUGCUCACGCCACAGGCUGCUGACUCGCACAGCCAAGCUCUGCUCACGCCACAGGCUGCUGACUCGCACAGCCAAGCUCAGCCCAUGCCCAAGGUUCACCUAGUGACCUCAGAGCCUCAGCCCGCCUGUUCAGCUGAGGACGCCGCUCAGUCAUCCUGCUCCAUGGCAGAUAUCGUUCCCCCCUUCUGCGUCGAGGAGACCCACGCUCCUCUCCCUGGCCGCACGGAGACCCACGCUCCUCUCCCUGGCCGCACGGAGACCCACGCUCCUCUCCCUGGCCGCACGGAGACCCACGCUCCUCUCCCUGGCCGCACGGAGACCCACGCUCCUCUCCCUGGCCGCACGGAGACCCACGCUCCUCUCCCUGGCCGCACGGAGACCCACGCUCCUCUCCCUGGCCGCACGGAGACCCACGCUCCUCUCCCUGGCCGCACGGAGACCCACGCUCCUCUCCCUGGCCGCACGGAGACCCACGCUCCUCUCCCUGGCCGCACGGAGACCCACGCUCCUCUCCCUGGCCUUACAGGGGACUUCGCUCUGCGUUCCAGUUCAGCUGGGGACGUCGCUCCGCUUUCAGGCUCCGACGAGGAUGUCGCCCUGCUCCGCUGAGUACAGUACUCUGUUUCCCUGUCCAGCUGAGGUCGUCGCUCAGCCUCCCUGUCCAGCUGAGGUCGUCGCUCUGCUUCCCUGUUCAGCUGAGGUCGUCGCUCUGCUUCGCUACGCCAGCAAGAACACUGUCGUUUCCUGGCUCUGCUCGGGACAUUCAGCCCAGGGGGCAGGGCCGCCAAUGAAGUGGGAAGACUCAUGGCACUCUGGGAGCAGUGCCUUUGGGGGGGGGUCUUUCACGAUUCCCCCUUGAAGCAGCGUGCUCGAAGCGCGAAUGCGCAAGCACCUGCUUUUCCGCUGUUGACCGUAGGGACAUCGGGACACGUGGGUUUUGUUUAUGUCUGUCAUGUGUCCUCCCUGUUCCGUCAUUGGCUGGGAAGUCACGUGUGUCCGGAUUACCCUCAGCUGUUAGCAGCUGCGAGGGUAAUCAUGUCCGCAUAUAUACCGCGCGCUUCCCAGCACACAACGCGGAAGAUUAAGUAGUAAGUAGUAAUACGAAGUGAAUGUUUAGCGUUAGUGUGAUUCGUGUCAUAGUGAUAGUGAUAGUCAUAGUCAUAGUCAGUUCGUGCUAGAUAUCCGCUUCCAGUUAAUCAUCAUAGUUUGUUUCUUGUUUUGGUUAUCAACCUAGAUUCCUGCCUAGCCCCGUGUAUACCUGUUUGCCAAUCGCCUGACCUCUUGCCUGUUUGAGUUACAUUUUGGAUCACGUUUUGGAUUUGUCUGCCUGUCUGUCUUCAAAAUAAACACUGUUCACCCUGC